UCCCUCCUCUCACCUCCUCCCUUCUCCCUCCCUGCCAUCGCGCUAGAGUGCUGGCUUCCCGGCAUGCCACGCGCUGGCAGCCUUAUAAACAGGCGACUGCGAGGACGGGCAGGGCACGCACUGGCCCCAACGCCCACCGCUCCCUCCCCCAGUUUGUGUCCUGAUGUGGAGCCUGGCAUUUACCCACUGCUGCCGUGGGUGGGGCUUGUGGAGCCUGAGCCAGAAGUGGGAGGGGAACCCCUCAGUCCUGCCUGUGUCUUGUCUUACAGAGCACUGACCCAGCUCCCAGCACCUCAGGAUGGAAGAGAAGCUGAAGAAAACCAAGAUCAUCUUUGUGGUGGGUGGGCCUGGCUCUGGGAAGGGCACCCAGUGUGAGAAGAUUGUGCAGAAGUAUGGUUUCACCCACCUCUCCACCGGGGACCUCCUGCGGGCUGAGGUCAGCUCUGGCUCAGACAGGGGCAAGAAACUGUCAGCAAUCAUGGAGAAGGGUCAGCUGGUGCCACUGGAGACCGUAUUAGACAUGCUCCGGGACGCGAUGCUAGCCAAAGUGGAGUCCUCUAAUGGCUUCCUGAUUGACGGCUACCCACGGGAGGUGCUGCAGGGGGAAGAGUUUGAGCGCCGGAUUGGAAAGCCCACACUGCUGCUGUAUGUGGACGCAGGCCCUGAGACCAUGACCCAGCGGCUUCUGAAGCGUGGGGAGACCAGCGGCCGUGUGGACGACAAUGAAGAAACCAUCAAGAAGAGGCUGGAGACCUAUUACAAGGCCACAGAACCUGUCAUUGCCUUCUAUGAGAAUCGUGGCAUCGUGCGCAAGGUCAAUGCUGAAGGCUCGGUGGACACUGUCUUCUCCCAGGUCUGCGCUCACCUGGACACCCUGAAGUAGUUAAAGCCCUUGGCCAGCUACCAGCCAGCCCCACCCCUGCCCCGACCCCAAGCAGCCUGGCGCGAGCCCAGCACCUCCACCCUGCCAGGCUGCGCACAGACACAGGAAGACACUUUAUCCUGUUCCAUGGACAUCCAAGCACUAAAGGAAUUGCCAAGGACGUUUGCUCUUACUCCCUUUUCUUUGCUUGCAAGUGAGGUAAUUCAUGUAGCCCUGGCCAGAGGCUCCAGCCAGUGCCCUCCGGUUCCUGCCUGUGCCUCAGCCCAGCUCCGCUGUGUCUCCCUCUGGCUAUGGUGGAAUCCCAGGCCCUUUCUCAUCCCAGAACCAUGUCAAGUCUGGACAGUCCAGGGGUGGUAGAGAGGCUGCUCCUAGGGUCUGGAGAUCAGGUGGCAUCUGGUUCCAAGGUUCCGUUCUAGGGUUCCUUACAACUUUGUGGUGUGGCUUUGGCCUCAAGCCCUCAUCUCUCUGAGCAAGUUUCUCUCUCUCUCUCUCUCUCUCUCUCUCUCUCUUUCUCUCUCUCUCUCUCUCUCUCUCUCUCUCUCUCUCUCUCUCCUUUCAUUUAGACAUAGUCUCACGUGUCCCAAGCUGGCCUCAACCUUUCUAUGUACUUGAAGACCACCUUAAUCCUCCGGCCUCCACCUCCUCUCCCGAGUGCUGGAAUGACAGGUCUGUAAUACUACUCCUGGUUUAUGUGGUGCUAGGGAUGAAGUUCAUGGCUUCAUGCAAGCUAGGCUAGCACUCUACCAACUAAGCCACGGUUUUCUAUACCUGAUCCUUGGGGACCUAGACAAGGCAAGGGGCCAUGAGCACACUCCAUCUGGCUAUGCUGGUGACUGGAGCGCUGUACAGGGCAUAAGGCAGGAAACUGAGGUCAGGGGUGGCCUCCCUGAGGAG